UCGUUCACAAGAAAAACACGAACAAAUCCCCCUCUCUCUCUCUCUCUCUCUCUCUCUCUCUCUCUCUCUCUCUCUCUCAUCAUCUCUCUUUCUCUCUCAUAAUUUUGAGAAAUUGAUAAGAAGAAACAGAAACCAGUAACAUUUGGCGCAUUUGAAAUUUCUUCUGAGAGGAUUUUUGAUACUUUAUUCUGCCAGGCGGAAUCGUGAAAGGUUGAUGAACUCAGAUUCGAUUUCAGGAUGGUACAUCUGAGAAAUUUGAGAUCAGUUUCCUGGAUAAAACGAUCGGAAUCGGAUGCAGAAACCUAGUUGAGCCGGUGAUUUGUUCUCGUUCCACCGUGAGCUGUAUUCGCUGCGUUUGAAGACUGUAUCAGCGCAAUUUUUGCGUAUUCUUCGUAUUUGAGAGGAUAAUCUGAACGUUUGGCCUAAAAAUUAAGAUUCAAAUUCGGUUUUAUUGCAGCGAUUUAUCGGAAAAUCUGAAAGCGAGAAGGAAAAUCCAGCUCGUCUCUGCAGAAGAAACUGUAGAAUUCCGCAUCGGCAGAGCACAAACGUCCGUUAAUCCCGAUUUGACGGUCGUUCCACUUUUGACGGUGCAUAAAAAAAGGGGAGAUGGAGAGGAAGAAUACUCAUUCCACCAAUAGAGACGGGUUGUUACCGCCCGUGUCCACGUCAGCUGCAACGACGUCGUCUGAUUUCGGGUUGCAGUGGGGGAACCGGAAAAGGCUACGCGCUUUAAGGUCCACACGAAGGACCACGUCAUUAAUAAUGACGACCCGACCCGCUCCGGAGCGGUUCAUCGGGCAACGACCCGAGUAUAGUCGGGUAGUUAGGUCGCGGGUGGUUAGAUCGGUUCUUAAUUGUGAUGCUAGUAAGGAUCCGAACCCGAAUCAGCAGAACAAUAAUAAUGUUGUUAGGAGCAGCGGUGGUGGUAGUAGUUAUCUGAACCUUCGUCGGCGUCCGGCUUCUCCAUCUCAUCGGACUUUGAGGAAUCCAGAGAGUUCAAUUGGUAUGAAAGGAAAUAGUAAUGGAGUGGUGAGGCGUCUGACCUCUCCGGAUAGAGGUGAUAGGAAACCCACUGCUACAGCUGGUAAUAUUAAUAUUAAUAAUAAUAAUAAUAACAAGACCAACAAUAGUAAUGACAACCACCACGGCAGCGGCGGCGGAAGCGGUGGUUCUGGGUCGUCGGAGAUAGCCCGAGAGGGGUCGUCAUCCGGCGGAGAAACAAUCGCCGCCGUGUGGCCGCCGAAGUUUGUGAUAGCCUUGACUAACAAAGAAAAAGAAGAGGAUUUCAUGGCAAUUAAAGGGUCGAAACUUCCUCAAAGACCCAAAAAGCGAGCCAAGUUUGUUCAACGCACACUCAAUCUGGUAAGUCCGGGUGCAUGGCUAUGUGAUUUGACACUUGAACGUUACGAGGUCCGAGAGAAGAAGGUUACCAAGAAGAGACCAAGAGGGUUGAAGGCUAUGGGAAAUAUGGAAUCAGACUCGGAAUAGGAGGAAUAUUGUUAGGAAAACAGCCAAAAGUGUGUAAAUUGAAAGAGAGAAGAAAAAGAGAGGUUGAAAAUUUCAUGGAAGUUGGAGCCUUGAGUGUUGGGUUUUAUAGAUGCUGCACCCGGUCAUUUUGAACCAUUGAUCUCUACAACAACACACAUACUAUGUGCAUGUGCUUAGUGGGUUAUUAUUAAUAUAGAUCAACUGUUCAAAAUCGCCCAGUGUGUUACACCAGGUGUAGCAUCGUAUACACCCUUUGAUUAUAUCGUAUCAGGGACUUUACAAUAUAAUAUUUUGUGCGGGUGUA